AUGAUCCCCGAAUUCCUCGCUAACGGUCUCGCCUCGCCAACCCAAUCGCUAGCUCUGGUAGCCCUACUCACAUUCGCUAAUCUGGCGAAUGCAGAGUUGGCACACCUGCGUCGCCUCUACAUGCUUUCAGCUACGGAGUUUGCAACUAAGAAUUCGCAGUUUUUGCUGUCCCAAAGUGAUACAUCCACAGGCCCCACGCCCAUUGUCCUGCUUCCGGUCAAGCAGUCGUGGCAGCUGCAUUUUGUGCACGGUCUUGGAUUAUUCGGCGCUUUUCUCGUUUCGGCCGUCUCCUUAAUGGCUCCAUCGGUUCGUUUUCUCUUUCACUUGCAAUUGCCUUUUAACUCGUUUAAUUGA